AUGAACCUGGACCCUCUAACGUUUAGCUUAUCACAAAUCAAUUACCUUGUUAUAAAUUUAAGUAAGAAAAAUUUCAAACAGACGAGUCAAGAGUUGUCACAGAUUGUCAAUCUAUAUGGCUUGGAAGCAGAAAAUCAGUUACUGAGGUGUUUGCUGACGGAGGCAGCAAGAACUUCUUGGGACUCUGAUCGUACGGGGUCGUCAGUUAGUAGCGUCCACGCGUCACUGCUCGCGCAACAUCUGGCUUCCCUGUUAAACCACCCUGCCAAGUCAACUGUUGUUUGCCGGGCCGUCGAUCACCCAAAUCGUUCACUGCAGAAGACAUUGAAACCCUCUAACACACUACUCAAUCGCCUUUCAAGACUGUUGAAGUUGACCACAGCGGAAGAUGUCACAUUCUCAUUAGUUUUGAGGAGGCAUUCGUCGAAAUCUGAGAUCAUUACAUUAGCUAAACAACAUUUGAAGAAAAGGUUUUUGGACCUUGUACAGUGCUACUUAGAUGCAGAACGUGGACAUCAGGCGGAACGUGCGGGCCUUCAGGAAUGCAGUCCUGAAGUUUUGCAAACUCUACUAACAAGCCUUGCGUACGAGAACUUUCGUCUUGCGCCUGUGACGAAGGACUUGUUUCUGCAACGUUUGCGUGUGGACUUCCCACGGGAAGUAGUCCCAAUAGUUUUAGCGCCCUUGUUGUAUCCCGACGACACGCGGACGCCGUUAGAGGAAAUGAGCACAGCUGACGACAUGGCGGCCGCAAUGAUGGAUAACUCACUUGCGGAAAUCAUCCGAGAUAUUGGCUACACUUUCACGUCGUCUGUGGAGGAAUGCAAAAACAACAUGCUCAAUUUCGGUGCGCGUGAACCCACUGCGAUCGAUGUCGCCCGAAUCAUUUCGAUGAUGGUGCGCUACCACGCAACCUUGCCAGACGGCCCACAAAUACAAACACCCGGGAACUUCUGGAUGAAUCACGAACCCAAGAAAGACCCCACACACGGACAUGGGGAAUCGUGGAAUGCGGAGGUCUUUGUACAAACGCUCAAAGAGCUGGCCUCCAAUUUGAACUGGAAAGAAGUGAUUUUACAACUGGACCAUCCAGAAUUUAUUGUUCCGGAUAGACAGGGACUGAGUUUGCUCUUUACGAUUUUGCGCUUGGGGCUGCAAAGCGCGGGCUAUCCGACUAAUAUAUUCCCAGUUGAAUACCUAUGUAGAAGAUGGACUAAUUUGGAAGGACAGAUGAGCUUGAUCACAAACAUUCUGAAAUAUCCAGACAUCUUCAGCAUUGCGGACUAUCCCUUCCAUCCAGUAUCUAUUGACAUACUAAAGUCACCACCUGAAACAGACAAUAAGGAAAUUGCAACAUGGCGAUGUCUCUAUCUUGUAGAAUUAUUAUUAUAUGCUUCAGAGCGAGGAUAUUACAUGCAAGUUCAUGAACUGUUCAAGUUUCCAUUACAGCAUUGCCCUGAUAUACUGAUGCUUGCCUUACUUCAAAUAAGUCCACCAAUAACUGUGUUCCGGCAGGAGUUGCUGUCAACGUUGAUACCCAUAUUCCUGGGCAACCACCCCAACUCUGGAAUCAUUUUACAACAUGCCUGGCACUCGCAGAACCCAAACAUAAAACCGAUUAUCAUGCAUGCCAUGGCCGAAUGGUAUAUACGCGGCGACAGUGACCAGUCCAAAUUAUCCAGAAUUUUGGAUGUAGCACAAGAUCUGAAGGCGUUAUCAUUAUUGCUGAAUGUUCAGUCAUUCCCCUUCGUCAUCGAUUUGGCGUGUUUAGCAUCUCGUAGAGAAUAUUUAAAGCUGGAUAAAUGGCUGACAGACAAAAUUAGAGAUCACGGCGAAACUUUCGUGUCCGCCAUGGUGAAGUUCCUGCAGAGGAGAUGUCCACAGGUCAUAGGAAAAGGACCCGAUGAGCAGCUACCCAAAGCAGCACAAUUGCCCCACGAGACAAUCGCCACUAUGCUGACAUGCCUGCAACUGUGCAUACCGAACGUGCUACAAGAGUUGCAAGAAGCAAUUUACAAUGUGAUAGCAAACUGCCAAACGCUGAUACUGAGUAAGACUAGGCAGAGCAUUGUGGGCAUUGCCCGACCCCAUACACGGGUCAUAGAGACACCUUUCAAUCCGGCUGGCUUAGGCGGGCAGCUUUUUACACCGCAUGUCGAUUCGAUUACCAAUCUGACGCCGAACGUCGCGAACAUGAGCUUAGGCGCGCCAGCGAACACAGCGUUCGCAAUGCCCGGAACAUUAGGACCUUUAGUUACCACCCCGGGAUCUCCAUCACGACUGAUGGGGCCAGGGCCCAACAGCCCAUUCCCAAUGAUGUCACUGCCACAUAAUGCUAAUGUCGCUAAUAUGGGUGCUUUGACUCGUAUGGCUCAAGUCCCUGCCAUGGACAAACCCCGUAUACCAGAUCCCAUUCACUUUCCUGAAAUAAUGCAUAAUGUUUCAAAGGAAAUUGAGGAUGAAGCAAAUGGAUACUUCCAGCGAAUCUACAACCAUCCACCACAUCCUACUCUGUCUAUAGACGAGGUGCUGGAAAUGCUGAAGAAGUUCCAUGAUUCUCCGAAUAAGAGAGAGCGAGAAGUAUUCUCGUGUAUGCUUAGAAAUUUAUUCGAAGAAUACAAAUUCUUUCCUCAGUAUCCUGACAAAGAGCUUCACAUAACCGCGCAACUAUUCGGCGGUAUUAUUGAGAAAGGUUUAGUUCCUAGUUAUGUUUCGCUGGGCUUGGCUUUACGAUUUGUUCUCGACGCUCUGCGUAAACCGGAGGGCUCUAAGAUGUAUUACUUUGGUAUAGCUGCUCUUGAUAGGUUCAAGUCGCGUUUGAAAGACUACCAUAAGUACUGCGAGCAUGUUAGGGCUAUACCGCAUUUUAGUGAAUUCCCUCCUCACCUGAUUGAGUACAUCGAAUAUGGACUGCAGAGUCAAGAGCCGCCUACUAAGCCGCAAGGUGCAGUUUUGCCUACGAGUCUAGCCGCCAUAUUGAAUCAGAGUGCUGUUGUAACAGUUUCAGCACCAUACAGGACUGUAGUCGGCGCGCCGAAUCCCAUCUCCGUCAUCUCCAAAGUUACUAACUGCGUUACUGGCGGCAUAGGCAGCCGGCCAUCUAUUGCCAACGCCACAAACAUUGACACACUACUCACGGCUACCGACAGGGAGGAGAAGAUUAACGCCCCUCCGGAAGCAAUACAGGACAAGACAGCUUUCAUCUUCAAUAACCUGAGCCAGCUAAACCUGCAAACGAAAUGCGAGGAGCUCAAGGAAAUAAUCACCGAUGAGUACUACCCAUGGCUGUCACAAUACCUCGUCAUGAAGAGAGCGUCUAUCGAGCUGAACUUCCACGCGCUUUACUCCAACUUUCUCGACGUUCUCAAGAUACGAGACGUUAACAAGAUGGUGACGAAAGAGACCUACCGGAACAUAAAAGUUUUGUUGCGCUCUGAUAAAGGCAUAGCUAACUUUUCUGACCGUUCUUUAUUGAAAAACCUUGGUCACUGGUUAGGCAUGCUAACGUUAGCACGCAAUCAACCAAUCCUUCAUGUAGACAUAGACCUCAAAGCACUGCUACUUGAAGCUUAUCACAAAGGCCAGCAAGAGUUGCUUUAUGUCGUGCCAUUUGUGGCCAAAGUCCUGGAAUCUUGCGCAAAGAGCGUUGUAUUUAAGCCGCCGAACCCUUGGACUAUGGCACUGAUGAACGUAUUGGCUGAACUGCAUCAGGAACCUGAUUUGAAAUUGAAUUUAAAGUUUGAAAUAGAAGUGCUUUGUAAAAACCUAAGUCUGGAUUUAACAGACCUUAAACCAUCUUUAUAUUUGAAGGAUCCGGAGAAGCAAAGGUUGAUAGAAUUCCAGCUGUCCCAACCCAAAUUAAAUAAAGAGCCCGCUAAUGUAAUACCUGUUAAUCAGGCAAUAGUGCAGACACCACAAAUACAAAUGAUGCCACCACAGCCACCAAUGAUACCCGCCGAGGAUAUAAGUGUGGUGGCACCCACGCCCACGAGUGGGCUCGUAAAUGAUCCUGGCUUAAUGGGAGUGCUCGGGAUCCCCGAGCCCAGGUUCAACUACCUCGAUGUGAAUGUCUCAUCCACAUCUGCGUUUGGACAGAAGAUUUGUUUCAACCCCCACAUAAUACUAUUCCAGAAUUAUCCGCAUUUGAAGCAGUUCGUCAAACCGGCCAUCGAGAGAUCGAUUCAAGAGUGGAUUCACCCAGUUGUGGAUAGGUCCAUCAAGUAUGCUCUGACCACUUGUGAACAGAUCAUUAGGAAAGAUUUUGCAUUCGAUCCGGACGAGGUUCGUAUGCGCACUUGCGCUCACCACAUGAUGCGCAACUUGACGGCUGGGAUGGCCAUGAUCACUUGCCGGGAGCAGAUCAUCAGCACCAUCAGCACCAACCUAAAGGCAGCGUUCAUCACAGCUUUGAUGCCUGCGACGCCACAACAGCUUGCCUUGCAGAAGGAUAUAGUGGAAAGUGCCGCAGCGGUUCUUGCAACCGAAAACAUGGAACUCGCGUGUGCUUUCAUACAGAAAACGGCUGUCGAAAAGGCUUUGCCUGAACUCGACAAACGACUAAUGAACGAUUAUGAGAUUAGAAAACAGGCGAGACUCGAAAACCGAAGGUACUAUGACCCGAUCGUCCUGACGUACCAGACUGAGAAUAUACCGGAAAGAGUGCGCUUGAGGGUGGGUGGCCCAACGGACAUGCAGAUUGCUGUGUACGAAGAGUUCGCCUGCAAUAUUCCCGGAUUCAUGCCAGUGCGCGAUGCUGGCAUGUUCAUCCCCAAGCCGUCGGCACAAGAGCAGAUCUCUCAGCUGACAUUCAGCCAGGUCAUGAACCCUACGCAAGUGUAUGGUACUGAUGAAAUGGGAGCCUUGAUCACUGCUGCAGAGGUGUUCCUAUCGAACGCACUGUCUGUGCAGUCAUUCGCUGUGCAAGCAACGAACAUGCACACCCUUCUUGAGUGCCUCAUCAUUGCAAGAAGGAACCGUGACAUUGUAUCCGGAUGCGCUUUGCUACAGAGGUCAGUAGAAGGCCUUCUUGAUGGUCACAUCGCCCAACCUGGCGCCAACACGGAGCACGUUGAGAUGAUGACCAGAUACCGAGACAUUCACCUUCGAGUCCUCAAGCUCCUCGAAGACGCCAGGGUCUACGGCCACGUGUGGACUACGAAGCAGAUCACUUGCUGCCUCACCGAGUGCAGAGAUGAGCUUAGAUACAACAUCGAAGCUGUCGACUGCUUGAUUAGAAAUCAUCUCAUUAAUUUGCCUCAGUACGAUCUUGCGCUUGCGCAUCUAAUGGACAACGGUAACAACUAUAUGGCAGUGGCUUUCGCUAUGCAGCUCGUCCAACUCUACCUGGUCGAUGACAGAAAUAAUAUUUAUGUGAACGAAUCCGAUCUUUACCACACUACUGAGACCCUUGUGCGCAUUAUGUCCCACUCCAGACAACCGCCCCCCGAAGGGCUAGCAACUCUUAUCGAAACCUUAAGAAUAAAUCAGGACCCGAGUGCUUACCUUGGAGAGAGAAUGCCUUUGGGACCCACAGCGCAUAUACAUUCUGGAAUGUUGCAAGUUAGAGCACGUGAAUACGACGACCCGCCCGGUCUUCAAGAGAAAACCGAGAACCUUCUCCGGGAAUGGAGAAAUGUACUCCUCAGUCCACUGACCGAGAUUGAGAUUGGACAGAACUUCAACAUUUACGUUCACCGAAUGAACAUGAACGGUAUAUUGAAGUCUGAUGACAUGAUCACGAGAUUCUUCCGCAUCGCAACGCAGAUGUGCAUCGAAAACGUCUACCAGCAGCUCAACGAAGAGAGGUUGAAUCCUCCCCCAACACCUCCAAAGAGGGAGAAGUACUACACAAUGUGUGACUCCUUCAUAAAACUAGUUUCUCUACUUAUCAAGAACACGGCAGACGGUGGCAACCCAACACCCAAACUCAAUCUUUUGAACAAGAUCUUGGGGAUAAUCGCUGGCUGUCUCCUACAAGAUCACGAUGAGCCCGGUGCCAAUUUCCAGCAGCUUCCUUACCAUCGCCUCUUGCUGAUCCUGUUCCUCGACAUGAAUAUGGCUGAACCUGUCUUAGAAUCUAUGAACUAUCAGGUUCUAACUGCAUUCUGUCAUACGUUGCGCAUCAUUCGGCCUAGUGUGGCCCCAGGUUUCUGCUACGCCUGGUUAGAACUAGUCGCGCAUCGGGCUUUCAUCAAUAGAGUGCUAGCCGUCACACCUCAGCAGAAGGGCUGGGGAAUGUAUUCAACGCUGCUCAUAGACCUGUUCAAAUUCCUGGAUCCGUUCCUAAGGAACACCGAGCUAGCAGCACCAGUUAUGAUGCUGUACAAGGGCACCCUUAAAGUACUCCUUGUCCUGCUUCAUGACUUUCCCGAGUUCCUUUGCGACUAUCACUACGGCUUCUGCGAUGAGAUACCCCCCAACUGCAUACAAAUGAGAAACUUAAUCCUGUCCGCGUUCCCGCGGAACAUGAGACUCCCGGACCCGUUCACACCGAAUCUGAAAGUGGACUUGCUAGCAGAGAUUGCGUUGCCUCCUCGAGCGGUUAUCAACUACGCAACAAUCAUACCCUCGUCCCAGUUCAAGAAGGAUUUGGACGCUUACCUGAAGGCUAGGGCGCCCGUCACGUUCCUGUCAGAGCUAAGAAGCAACAUGCAGGUGGUUAACGAACCCGGUCGCAGAUACAACAGCCAGUUGAUGAAUGCGGUAGUCCUGUACGUGGGCACUCAAGCGAUCGCACACAUUAGGGCCAAGGGCCAGACACCCAACAUGUCGACCAUAGCACACUCUGCCCACAUGGACAUCUUCCAGAACUUCACCGUCGACUUCGACUUCGAAGGCCGCUACCUAUUUCUCAACGCGAUCGCCAACCAGCUCCGCUACCCGAACAGCCACACCCACUACUUUAGCUGCUGUCUUCUCUAUCUCUUCGCCGAAGCGAACUCGGAAGCUGUCCAGGAGCAGAUCACGAGGAUGCUGCUGGAGAGGCUGAUCGUGAACCGACCACAUCCCUGGGGACUUCUUAUCACAUUGAAAAACUGUUCGCGUCUGUGGCGCGUUCGUGUAUUGCUGAGAAGGCGGCUGCCGGCGGGGAAAGGGAGCUGCCCGAGUAGCGGCGCGCCCGCUGGGAGUCUCUUCGACACCAGCAAGCGUUCACCAGCCUGCUGGAGAGAGGCUUCCAUAGCAAUGCGCCACAAGGCAUUGCAAACCAGGCGCCAUCUACGUCAGGUGCACCACCCCCACAGAAGCAUGUCUUGCAGUGGAACAAACUAUUCAAGAAGUAAAAGCAAUAUAGAGGUUACUAGAAACACAUAG